AUUUAUGACACCUACUUACCCAAAUGUUUGUAAAUUUUUAAAUGAAUUAAAUGUGAUUUGCUGAGUUAAUAAAUGCAAAAGAAAGUUGCACACACCAUAUAGUGGUGUCCAUUGGCUUCAAAUAAUACCUAUCUAAAAGAUAAAAUGACUGCCACCAACAACGAUGAGGCAAACGAAACACCUAUUGAAGAACCGCUUAAAGAUUUAGAAGAAAAUGAGAAAGCGGCUGUCGAAGAGUAUACAGCUAACUUGGAAGCCAGAUUGAAACAAAAAUAUGAAAUACGUAAUCAAAAUUUGAAUUGCACUCGACCACCAGAAAAUUAUUUUUCCAAGUUAGAUUCAGGUUUGAAAAAGAAUACCACAUUUGUAAAAAAACUAAAAUCAUUUAGUGCUUCUCAGCUAGAUGUACUUUUGAAAGAUUUUGCAACAUUAAAUCUUACAAAAUAUAUAUCAGAAGUGGCUGCUGCAAUAGCAGAAGCAAAAUUGAAAAUGUCUGAUAUUCCUGCUGCAAUAACUCUAUGUUCAGUUCUUCAUCGUACUUACGCUGAUUUUUCAUCUAACUUUUUUGAAAACUGGCAAAAGAUUUUAACAUUCAAAGCGACUGAUAAAAUAACAAAUUCAUCAAAACUGCGGGUGGAUAUAAGAUUUUAUGCAGAAUUAGUGGCUGUCGGUAUUUUUAUGAAUAAAACUGGAUUGCCUUUGCUGGGUAAUGUAUUAACUGUUCUAAUAAACAUGGACAAAGAAGAGCAUAACAAUAUACCAAUUUUGUUAUCAUUUUGCAAACACUGUGGUGAUGAUUAUGCUGGACUUAUGCCUAAAAAAAUACGAGAAGCUUCUGAGAAAUAUAAUAUUCCUGUUCCUCGAAAUACAUUUUUACCGGCAGAGAAACAAACAGCAGUUAGAACUCUCUUGAAAGAUUACUUUCUUUCACUAACCAAACAUCUGCUGGCGGAAAGAGCUCAACUUCAAGCUCUGCAUGCAGCAAAUCAGAGGACUCUGCACACCAGAGGAGAACUCUCACAAGAAAGAAAAGAACAAUUAGAACAACAUCAAACAACUUAUGACAAGCUACUAGUAAAUGCACAAAAUUUUGCUGAAGUUCUUGGAGAAGAUUUGGGUGAAGCUGGUGAACCUCCCACUUUGUCCCUGACUGUUAUAGAGACUCAAGGAAGUGUAACCAUUGGUGGCAAUGAAGACAUUACUAUGCAAGCCGGUACUGAUCCUUGGCAGGACGAAGAUUCUAGAACAUUCUAUACAUGCUUGCCUGACUUAAAAGUUUUUAUGCCUAACUAUCAAAUGAAAGAGCAGACUGUGAAAAGCAAAACUGAAACGGUAACAGAAGAAAUGUUAGAUGAAGAUUUGAAGGAGGAUGAAUUAAGUGACAAUGAGGACCCAUCUGUAGUUCAAGAAGUAGAAACUGAAGAAAUACAACCACCAAAUGUUUCCAAUAAACAUGGAUUAGAUACAUUUUUGAAUGAACUUCCCAACUGUAUCAACCGAGAACUCAUAGAUAAUGCAGCAGUUGAUUUUAUCCUGAAUCUCAAUACAAAGAAUAAUCGGAAGAAACUUUCAAGAGUUCUCUUCAGUGUUGCCAGAACAAGGCUAGAUCUGUUGCCAUUUUACUCAAGAUUUGCUGCGAUUUUAUAUCCAGUACUGCCAGAAGUUUGUGUUGACCUGUGUCAAAUGUUAAAACAAGACUUUAAGUAUCAUGUCAGGAAAAAGGAUCAAAUAAAUAUUGAAUCGAAGAUAAAAGUGGUGCGAUUCAUUGGGGAACUGGUUAAGUUUAAUUUGUAUUCGAAAAUGGAGGCGCUGUAUUGUUUGAAAGUGUUGCUGCAUGAUUUUAAGCAUCACCAUAUUGAGAUGGCUUGCAAUCUGCUUGAAACGUGUGGCAGAUAUUUAUACUGUAAUCCAGAUACACACCAAAGGACUAUGAUAUAUUUACAGCAAAUGAUGCGAAAAAAAACUGUUUCAGCUCUAGAUUCGCGAUAUGUAACACAGAUAGAAAACGCAUUCUAUUACGUUUGCCCUCCCGAAACUCCUGUUCAGCCUAAAGAAGAAGAACCACCACUUCAUCAAUUUAUCAGAAAAAUACUUCAUGAAGACUUGCAGAAAAGUAAUGAGGAAAAAAUUCUUAGGUUAAUGCGAAAACUGAAUUGGGAUGACCCAGAGGUAUCCGCCAUUGCCAUACAACAUCUCGCAGGAGGUUGGAGGGUAAGAGCAAGUGCCAGAAGGGCUCUGGCCAGACUGACAGCUGAACUGGCAAUCUGGCAAGAAGUAGUAGCUCCAGCAGUCGUUGACACAAUAUUAGAAGAAAUAAGGGUAACAAUGGAAGACCCACAUCCAAGAUAUAAUCAAAGAAGGAUAGCUACUGUUCGGUAUCUCGGAGAACUCUAUAAUUAUAAACUAUUAGAUUCUCGAGAUGUUUUCACUGUUUUAUAUUCAUUUAUAACAUUUGGUGUCACCAAUGAUCACAGCAGUGUAUCUGUGUUGGACCCAUCUGAUAAUGUUUUUAGAAUAAGACUAGUCUGCGCUCUGCUUGAGACUUGUGGUGCAUACUUCAACAGUGGUUCGAGCAAAAAAAGAUUAGACUAUUUUUUGACCUUCUUCCAAAAUUACUAUUGGUUCAAGUUCUCUGAUCCGAUAUGGACCAAAGACUAUCAAUUCCCUAUUUACGUGAAAUAUAUUUAUCAAGAAUGCCUGACGACCUUACGCCCUAAGUUGACUUUGUUUACGAGCUGGCAACAGUGUAAGGAUGCAAUAGAUGAACUACGACAGACUUUAUAUCCGGAGCUAGGAGAGGAAGAGUACGAUAAUGAGGAUCAAGGUGAUGACAGUGUGAACGACGGCUUAGACACAAUUAUGGAAACGGAUGAUGAAACGGACAAUCCGCAAUUGCCUGAUGAAAGUUCUGAUGAAGAACCGAUUACCGAAAAUAAUGUUAAUGACGAAAACGAAAUGCAAGAUGAAAUGGCAAUUGAGCCACGAAGACCUGCUACUAAACAUGUAGAAGACGUUGAGUUCGAAUCGGCAUUCGAGAAAAUGGUAACAGAAAAUAUUGCAGAAAGACAACGGGAGAAUAGACCGCAGCAACGCGACAUUGCUGUCCCGAUGACCUGCAGACAGACUACGAAGAAGACGUAUGAACAGCUCUUGCAAGGAAAAGAGGGCGUGGAAUUCGUUCUUAUGGUUCGUAAAGGAACGAAACCACAAUAUAAAUCGUUCAGUGCUCCACCGGAAUUGGCCAGCAAUCUACAACAACAAGCUUUAGCUGAUAAACAAGAAAUGGAACGAGUUAAACGACUUACUCUAAAUAUAUCGGAAAGACAAGAAGAAGAAGAAUAUAGCGCAGAGAGCGGUGGUGGAUCGGGAGGUAUCGGUAAUCCUAACAGAGGUCAGCAUGUUCGUCAGAAAUACCAACAUCCCAAAGGGGCACCGGACGCCGAUCUCAUAUUCGGUCCUAAGAAAUUUAAAUAAAUAAAAAACUAAUGUAUGUAAUGUAUUGUAAUAAUAUAUGUAAUAAAAAAAG